AUGGUUAGAAUCAAGCUCUUACAACUAAGAGCAGAAUUUGGUCAAAUAAGCAAGAAAAUUGAUGAGAACACUUAUACUUUUACAUUAACAUCAGUUGAUUUUGAGUUUCUUAGAUUACAUUUUCCUCAUCUAGUUGAAUUGCUCAUUUUUGAAAAUCUUGGUCCUCCAAAUCAAAUUAAAAACACAAAAUAUCUUAGUGACAAAAUAAAAUGUUUCUCAAAGGGAAUGGGAGUGUUGAAUAUGCAUCAAAAUAUUAUGUGA